GGAAACAAUUCGACCGUUGAUUGUGGCUAGUCUUGGACAGCAUGUUUACGCUUGGGUCUGCCGACCAUCUCGGCGGCAAACUCCACCUAAAUCGUAUGUUUAUGAGACCCCCCAAAAUCAAAUUACUAAUAUUGUAGUCUUCUAAACGAAGUGGGUAUCCCUCGUUUGGCACAAAUUCCAAACAGCAGCUACGACGCCAUCAUAAUUCCACAUCUUCAUCCUGGUAGUUUCGCGAGAAAUCCAAGCAUGUCGAGUCAAGACCAGGUCUUCUGGUACCCGUGGGUUGCCACAUGGGUCUACAUGGACACUGCAAUUCGUCUGCUUAUGAGCCAUGAUAUUUCAUAUACAUCACGCCAGGCUUUGUGUAUCGAACUCCACAUCCAAGCAGAGGCAACUUUGAAAAACGCAGGAUACUUCGAGAGUCUACAGGUUGCAAAAGCUGAGUUUGCUUACACAAAGAAGAUAAAUACUUUGGAGCCAAUGAUUUGCAAGAGCGUAGCGUAAGAGACUCGGUCAGCCGCAACUAAAGGGCAUGCACUCCCUUCAUUCAGUAUCCCAGUAGACAGAAGAGCUGUGCUAGAUCACCACCUCUCUUACAGUGCCCUCUCCGAUCAGGGUAUAUCUCAACCGAUGUUUGAAUCAACAGAAGAUGACUCAAAGAAAAGACCUCGAGACGUGUUCGAAGAAAACGAACGGUUUGGCGACCCAAGGGCAAGCUUAACGUCAAAUAACUGGGGUCCCUCGGACAAGACGCUGGAAAGAUGGAGGAAGGGUGACUUGAGAAGUUUCAACGAAGAGUUUCCCAAAUGCGUUCAUUCAUUCCAGAAUGCUGUCAUCAACAGCUACAUAAAAAACUUGCCGAAGUUUCUGCUCGAGCGGUCCUGGACUGGUUCCAACUCCUCUGUACUGCCAGAACCUACCCUAGAUGACAACAAUUCUGCAAUCGCCGGGAACCAGCCAUACUCGCCCAUACCCUCAUCCUUAUUCGAGACCAAGUCACUUGCUGUGCAUCCCCCAUAUCGUUUCAAACUCGCCCUUGAACGAUGUGGAAAGACCGAAGGCCCCCCGUCAUCGACAAUCAGACGCCAACAGGCCGAACAACUAUUUGGAGACACGGUACCCAAAUUAUGUGGCUGGUUGUUGGACAAGGUUGCUUGGGUGGAGUUUCUACAGGAACUUGACGAAGGUGUUUGGAUUGCCGCCUCACUAGAGACUGCGAGAGGCGAUCGGGUGGUACAGCCGGAGCGCGACAGAUUCAUCGAGACUUUCAGGGGCAAAGGUGAUGCUGGUGAGUCUAGCAACGAUGAAACUGGAGGGAUAAAACUCCAAAGGGCAUCGCAACAGUUCAUGAUACAACAAAUGCAGUGGCUCGGCAACAUUACGAGGGGGAAAGUAGCUGGCUCCCUGUAUCUCGAUCUGAAUGAAGCCGAAGGUCACCAGAUCAAAGUGUCACAGCGCGGAAAAGUUCAACUCAGAUUCAAGUCAAAAAACGACUCAAUGGUCACGACGAACAUUAAGCUGGGCCCUAUCAUUGCUCCGCUUGAGAAAGACGAUAAGCGUACGAUACAUUUCACGGAUCUGGGAAUCGAUAUCAGAACUGCAACAGGGUUGACAAUCAAAGUUCCCAUAAACAAUUCGGCAUGCACUUUGCCCCUGUCAGCGAUGAAAAGCCACCAAAACGGUACCGACUUUAUCAGCCUUUGGAAAGCAGUUCGGGGUGAAGCUCGGCCUGAAGAUAGGGUAUCGAGUCUCUUAAAGUCUUCUGAUGAGGAUGCAGACUAUCCUCCAGAGUUGUGUGUCUCGUCUACCGGGAACAUGGGGGAGCCUCCGCGCAAGCUUCUUAAAACUAUUCAAGAACCUGAGAAGAACGACACACUGUGGCUCCUAAAGGGCUAUAUUGAUUUACGCCUACCUGACGGAGGUGAUUUCUGGACGGGCAAUAAGGAGGAUUUUCCACAAGGAACAGACGAUGUCACAGGCUUCAUCGACUUUCUCGAAUUGUCUGAAAACUGUCAACACCCCUACGCUCGAUGGUGGUUCGACUCACUAGUCUUGAGAGGAAGAGCUCAGCGUAACUGGUUCAAUUGGCUUUCAUCCCUACGAACGACGACACGUCGGCACGAAAACGCACCCAUGUCUGCGACGCCGAAAGGCGCUUAUGGCAAAAAAUGUGCUGUUUUCACACUUGGUCCUAAACAAGCAGGGUUCUGA